AUGGCAAGCCGCAUCAACACCAUCGCAGGUCAUCUCGGGCCCUCGAGUGGCAACCCGCGUGUCGACCGCCUCACGGCCAAGCACGCCGACGAUAUCGUCGUCACCUGCGCAAAGCGCACCGCUCUCGGCAAGGCGCGCAAGGGCGCCUUUGCCAAGUGCUCGUCGGACGAGCUCCUCAUCGCCACCCUCAAGGCUGCGAAGAAGGACAUUGGCAUCGACCCCGCCCUCGUCGACGACAUUGUCAUCGGUACUGUCCUCACCCCUGGCGCACCGUACGCUGGACGCGCAGCAUCGCUUACCGCUGGCUUCCCCGACACAACUCCUGUCCAGAUCGUCAACCGCUUCUGCUCGUCCGGUCUCAUGGCGGUGCAGGCUAUUGCCAACGAGAUCCGUAACGGCGAGAUUGACAUUGGCCUCGCUGUCGGGUUCGAACACAUGACUGCGAACCCGGAUGACGGGGCGCCCAAGCUCGCGGACGAGACGAUGGCGAUGCAGGUCGGCCAGGACUGCGCAAAGCCCAUGGGCUGGACAUCCGAACAGGUCGCAGGCGAGUUCCACAUCUCGCGCGAGGAGAUGGACGCGUGGGCUGCGCAGUCGCAUAACCGCGCCGAGGCGGCGCAGAACUCUGGCAUCUUCGCAGACGAGAUCGCUCCUGUUACGAUCAACGGUACCGUCGUCGUCAAGGACGAUGGUAUCCGCCCCGGCACGACGCCCGAGAAACUCGCCAAGCUGCGCGGCGCGUUCGCCCAGUGGCCGCCCUCGCAGACCACUGGCGGGAACGCUUCGCAGAUCACAGACGGCGGCGCCUAUGUGCUGCUCAUGACGCGUCGGCGGGCAGAGGAAUUGGGUCUCCCUAUCCUCGCAAAGCACGUCGCAACCACGUCGAUCGGUCUCGCCCCACGCAUCAUGGGCAUCGGACCGUCCAUCGCCAUUCCCGCCAUCCUCAAGCGUACCGGGCUCACCAUCGAGGACGUCGACAUGUUUGAGAUCAACGAAGCGUUCUCGUCCAUGAUGGUCUACUGCGUCAAGAAGCUCGGCCUCGACCCCAAGAAAGUCAAUGUCAACGGCGGCUCCAUUGCGUUUGGACAUCCCCUCGGCUGUACCGGCGCUCGCCAGGUCGCCACGGGCCUCAACGCUAUCAAACGUACGCACGGCAAGAUCCUGGUCACGUCGAUGUGCAUCGGUCUCGGCAUGGGCGCGGCCGCGGUGUGGGUCAACGAGCAGGAGUAA